AUGGCUACUUCAAUGGGUCAAAUAUUAGCUGAUCGAUAUCUAAUGACGAAACGCCUCGGUGAUGGAACAUUUGGCGAAGUGUUGCUCGCUAAAAAACUUGAUACUGGUGAUAAAGUAGCCAUUAAAAGAAUGAAAAGAAAAUUUUAUUCAUGGAGUGAAGCGAUGGCAUUACGAGAAGUGAAAUCAUUGAAAAAAAUGAACCAUCCAAAUAUUAUUAAAUUACGCGAAGUAAUCCGUGAGCAUGACAACUUAUACUUCGUUUUUGAAUAUAUGCAAGAAAAUUUGUAUGAACUUAUGAAAGACAGGUAA